GGCUUGGGUCUCGAUUGCCACACAAGUAUGCUUGGUAUCAGUUUCAGCACCCCGUAACCAUCACAUUGCCCGUUGUCCUAAGGGGGGCGGUAAGCUCUGAGAUGGAGCAGGCAACAAACGAGCCACAGUACAGGGAUACAAUGGAGUGCCAGGAUAAUUCCCAUUAAUAUUGCUUGCGUCUCUGACCUAUGAAACGCGGCGGGACGAGCUUUUCGUUAUAAACAGGCAGUGCGCGCACACUCGUACACUCCGACACUGGAAUGACGAGAGAGGGAGAGAGCUUGCUGCAACGUCGUGCAACAGCUCCUUCAAAACCACUUUAGCUGGCGACCCCCUGGCAGAAAAAAACGCACGUUACAUGCACCCACGCUCAUGCUCCCCGCUGCUGCCCCGCGUCCGUGGAUCAGCACACCGAGGAAGAGCUCAGGCUCGAGCUCGGUGGAACAACGCUCGAUCUCAGUCGCCGCCGUCGAGGCCGAUCGAAUGCUCUCUCAGACUCUGCACCCGAUCGACCGCCCAGAACUGCAUGGGGGUGAGGAGGGCGCAACAGAAGCGCGGCGGGCGCCAAGACGUGCUGGACGCACGACUGGCGGGGAAAACGCCAAUUGAAAGUACGGACCAUAAAAAGCAGGUCCUGUCAGUGCGGGUGACAGAUUGACCAAGGCAGUGCGGGCCAAGGCGACAGAGUGGCAGGACGAACGGGGUCCAGCUUGCCAGAGGGUGAAGAGAACGAGAGCAUGGAAGAGGAUGUGGAGGAGGAGGAGGAGGAGGAGGGGGGGGAGCUUGCAGGCGCUUGCCUCCCUCCGCACCUCCGCGGGGGGCGCCGGACGCCGGCGCUCGGGAGCGCGCCGGGCAGGCGGCCCGCGCGGGGGCGGGCGGCCGGGGGUCACGCCAGCUCCGCCUCGCUCAGCUCCCGCACGCCCAGCCACCUCUCGGGGGCCGCCUCGCGCCCGCCCAUGAAGCUCAGGAGGGCCUCGCUGGGCCCUCCUUCACCCCGAGCAUCUCGUGGGUGCGCCUCAGGAAGCGCUGCGCUGUCGCCCACUCGCCUCGGAUUAGUUCUGGUAGCCCAUGUUGAAGAUCUGCGUGAACUCCUGGCGUGUACCGAAACCGCAUCGUCGCGAUGUCGGGAUCCCUGGGACCUCUAACAAGUCGAACUCUUCGCGGAACUUCAAGUUCUUCUCCAUCUCUAGAUGCUGACGCACACGGAAGCGCGUCCGCGAGUUCCAAAGCCACUGCUUGGUGGGCGGCUCC